AAGGUUAUCUUUGAGUCUAAGUUUUUUAUUUAUGGUCAAAAUCUUACUCAAGAUUCUGCAUGUGCCCUUUUAAAAUAAAGCCAAUCCAUUUCUUACUCAACACCUAUACUUGAUUUACUAACUUUUCUGGUCAACUUCUGCAAAUAUAAGUUUUCUUCCUUUCAACUUCUGAUCAAACAAUAGUGAACAUCAUGAGAAUCAGAUAUCUUCAUCUCAAGCUCAAAGCAUUUAGGUUGAAAAGGUUUCUGCUAAGAGUUCUAGGCAGAAAGAGAAUCAGAAGGCUUAUGCCAGCAAAUAAGCCUUCAUGGAUGACACCAAUAACACAUGGUUAUCAAGUGGUGGAGCAUCAUAUGAUCAUAGAUGGUUCAGAUUACUCAGACUUUGAUUCAAUAGUGGUACAAAGAGAGCAAAUGGAUCAAACAGAAUUGUGGUAUUUUGGAAUCUUUGAUCCACUAGUAGGGGACAAGGUUACCAAGUAUAUGCAAUCUCAUUUCUUUUCAAAGAAGCUUCAAGAGGCUCAGAUAUGGAGAAAAAGCAAAGAAAUGAUGAAGAGAGCUUAUCUUGGUGUAAGGGCAAAGAUGAGAGAAGAGAAUAGAUAUGAAGAAACAUGUAGAAUGAGUUCAGCAUCUGUUAUGGUAAUCAAUGGAGAAAAACUUGUAAUAGCUAAUAUAGGAAAUUACAGAGUUGUUGUAUGUAGAAAUGGCAUGGCUCAUCAGAAAACUGACACAUAUCAACAAUCAGCCAAAAGACAUUGGUCUCACAGAAUAUUUUCAGCAUAUGAAUCAGGAAAUGCUGUAGCUACCAGGUAUUCUAGCAGCUCAGAACUUGUCAUCAGAAGUGAAAGUAUUGACUCUGAUUCUGAAUUUCUGAUACUAGCAAGCAAUGGCAUAUGGGAGGUAAUGAAGAACCAAGAGGCUGUGAGUCUAAUAAGUCACAUUGAAGAUCCACAAGAAGCAGCUGAAUGCUUGGCAAAUGAAGCUUUAAAUAGAAUGAGCAAAAGCAACAUCUCAUGCUUAAUCAUUCGCUUUGAAUGAUGUUUCACCAUGUUCAGUCCUGAUAGAGUGAAACUUUGUAUGCAGAGUUGUUACUUACAUCACCGACCCUUUAUUGCAUUGCUAUUGAUUGA